GUGUACGCUUUGACCUGAAUCACCUUGGUUCCUUCUCAUUUGUCCCCUCUUCUAGAUUGCAACUUUGAGAAGAACCGCCUAUUCAAACUUAUUCUUUCAAACACACGACUUUUCUUCUUUCAAACUUCUAUAGUCAAAAUUUCACCUCUUAAUUAAACUAUCUAAUUCUUCUUCCUAUAAUCUCCUCACAUAAUCUAAACCCCAAUUUCAAACCCUCAAAUUAUCCCUCUUUUCAACUCCUUACUAUCAUCUCUAUCUUCAACUUUUUUAUCUUGCUUUGAUUUUGAUCACUACUCAAAUCUUUUUUGCUUGAUUUGGUUCUUUUUAUUUUGUUUAUAACAAUUACAAUUACAAUUUAAUCAUGAAUUCAAACGCUGCAUCCAGCUCUGGAGGUGCUGGAUCAACUGAUCCUUCUGCUGCUAGAAGAAAUUCAAAGCGACCCAAGUAUUCAAAGUUCACCCAGCAGGAACUUCCAGCUUGCAAACCAAUCUUAACUCCUCGUUGGGUGAUUUCUGCGUUCAUGGUUGUCAGCAUUGUGUUUAUUCCAAUUGGAGUUGCUUCACUAUUUGCAUCUCGUGAUGUUGUUGAGAUUGUUGAUCGUUAUGACGACGACUGUUUACCACAAAAGUCUAAAAGUGAAAAAAUUAGCUACAUUCAAGGGCCUGGAGAUAAAACCUGCAAGAGGACACUAACAGUGACAAAGCAUAUGAAAGCACCUAUUUAUAUAUAUUACCAGCUUGAUAACUUUUAUCAGAACCAUCGAAGGUAUGUGAAAAGCCGGAGUGACAAGCAGUUGAGGCAUAAUAGCAGUGCUGAUGAUGUUAGCGCUUGCAAACCAGAAGAUAAGGCAAAUGGGAAGCCCAUUGUGCCCUGUGGUCUCAUCGCUUGGAGCUUGUUCAACGAUACCUACAGUUUUGCUAUCGGAAACAGGAACCUUACAGUCAACAGGAAGGAUAUUUCAUGGAAAAGUGAUAGAGAUCACAAAUUCGGAAAGGAUGUCUUUCCGUCAAACUUCCAGAGUGGAGGCCUUAUUGGUGGUGGACAUUUAAAUGAAUCUAUCUCACUUAGCGAGCAAGAGGAUCUCAUAGUAUGGAUGAGAACGGCAGCUCUUCCUACGUUCAGGAAAUUGUACGGGAAAAUCGAGCACGAUCUAGAAGUGAAUGAUGUUAUAAAUGUGACUCUCCAGAACAGGUACAAUACGUAUCUGUUCAGCGGGAAGAAGACGCUUGUACUCUCGACCACUAGCUGGCUCGGUGGUAAAAAUGACUUCCUCGGCAUUGCCUAUCUUACUGUCGGUGGCUUAUGCUUCUUUUUGGCCAUGUUAUUCACUCUCAUUUAUCUCAUGAAGCCAAGACGACUCGGGGAUCCUUCGUACUUGUCUUGGAACAGGACUCCAGGUGGUAGAUAAAAUUAGUUGAUAGUAUUGUAAUUGUUGGAGGUUAUGAAAAUGUUUAAUUGAAGGUUGUUUUUGUGUAUAUUGAAAUUCUCGAGUUGGUAGUAUUGUAAUUGUUGGAGGGUAUAAAAAUUUUUAUAAAUAGAGGAUUAAAUUACUAAAAAAAAUAUGAUCAGUUAUCAGUUAUCAGCUAUCAAGUAUGGAAUAAUCAACUAGCCUAUGGGUACCCGAUUGUUUUUGGUUCACAUUGUGGUGAAAUUUCCACAUCACCUAAAGUAACAUAUAUAUUAUUAUAGCCGUAAAGUUUAAUGUUUGCAUGGGGCUAUAACUUGAGA